GCUUCUUCACUUGUUGAUGAGAACCCCCAAAUAAGUCCUGAUAGAAAUGUGAAUGCGUUACAGAUCUCUCAAGAACAAGGUCCGGAUAUAACCCACAACAUUCAAGAUUUGACAAAAAACAACCUUUCCACACGCACACAAUCUCCAGUAAAUACUCAGAUUCCAUAUGGUUAUAUGGAUGGGUUUGUAACUAAUUCACCGAGUAAUUCACCUAUUACUAAUACUAAUCAAGUUUACGGAUACAAAUAUUCAAAAAACAUUAAUAAUCACCCAGUCACACCCCAAGGUAUGUUUUACAACAAUGCAGUUAAUCCGAAUUGGCAAUGGAUUCAGCAAAAUGGAAACAAAACUCCUGAUCAAGCAGGUCGAGUGCAAACUGGAUACACGGUACAAAAAUCAACUGGUCAAGAAAUUGGAGGAACAUCUCCAUACUUUCCAUACUUUACCCAGAGUGGCGAGUCAGAUCACAGAUCAAAAGGAGGUAUUUCGUGGUUCGGAGGCCCUGCAAAAUUUAAGGACCAAACCCCAGCAACAUUCAAUACACAAGAUCGCAACUAUUCAAUACAACAAAAGACGGACACAUACAUAGAUGGAACCUCUACUCAGUCUAAAAACGAAGACGAUGGGAAAUUGACCCAAUCAAUUGGUCAGGAAUCAAUCGAUGAUUAUGGAUACCUUUCGCAUGUUGAUAGCGAAGGGACAGGUAAAUUAGUUGAUCAAGGCAUUCAGACUCCUGAAACACACUACUCAGGCAAUGCAGGCCAAACUCACGGAGGAACACAUACUCAAAACUAUGUUUAUGAUGGAACUCAGUUUGGUGGAAAUAAACAUCAAUCUGUUGAUCAAGGCACUCAGACUCCUGAAACACACUACUCAGGCAAUGCAGGUCAAAUUCACGGAGGAACACAUACUCAAAACUAUGUUUAUGAUGGAACUCAGUUUGGUGGAAAUAAACAUCAAUCAGUUGAUCAAGGCAUUCAGACUCCUGAAACACACUACUCAGGCAAUGCAGGUCAAAUUCAUAUAGGAACACCUACCCAAUACAAUGUUCAUGGUGGAACUCAGUUUGGCGAAGGGACAGGUAAAUCAGUUGAUCAAGGCAUUCAGACUCCUGAAACACACUACUCAGGCAAUGCAGGCCAAAUUCGCGGAGGAACACACACUCAAAACUAUGUUUAUGAUGGAACUCAGUUUGGUGGAAAUAAACAUCAAUCAGUUGAUCAAGGCAUUCAGACUCCUGAAACACACUACUCAGGCAAUGCAGGUCAAAUUCAUAUAGGAACACCUACCCAAUACAAUGUUCAUGGUGGAACUCAGUUUGGCGAAGGGACAGGUAAAUCAGUUGAUCAAGGCAUUCAGACUCCUGAAACACACUACUCAGGCAAUGUAGGCGAAAUUCACGGAGUGACACAUACUCAAAACUAUGUUCAUCAUGGAACUCAGUUUGGUGGAAAUAAACAUCAAUCAGUUGAUCAAGGCAUUCAGGCUCCUGAAACACACUACUCAGGCAAUGCAGGUCAAAUUCAUAGAGGAACACCUACCCAAUACAAUGUUCAUGGUGGAACUCAGUUUGGCGAAGGGACAGGUAAAUCAGUUGAUCAAGGCAUUCAGACUCCUGAAACACACUAUUACACAAAUAUUGGUAAAACAGGUGAAAUUCUUAGAGGAACACCUACCCAAUACAAUGUUCAUGGUGGAACUCAGUUUGGUGAAACGACAUCUCAAUCAGUCUAUGGAAAUAUAUAUGGUACUAAAAAUGAAGGAAGUGGAACCAAUUAUGGUUAUUUUAAAGUUCAUUCAACUGGCCACGAAACUAAAAAUGUUGAUACAUUCUCAACAAAUACUGAGGUCAUUAAUAAUGUUAAUAAUGGAGAAAGCACUGUAAAAGUUCCGGCUUCCAGUGUCCACCCAUUUGAUGAUAAGCGAGGAAUACAAUCGCCAACAUUUUACGAGCCAUCCUCUGCCAAACUAGAGUAUGGAUAUCCAUCAAUCCCUACAAUACCUAACUACGGAACUACAUCUUUGUAUGGCUAUGAUUUCCCCGGUUCUCGUUAUUCAAGUGUUCAAUUUUCUACAGUUGGUAGAACAAACCAGCAAACUAAACCAAGUGAUUUUGAAGAAUAUAGAAAAUCAUUGCAGGGAGGGCAAGACAGUACUUUCGGGGAAGAAUAUAAUGCGGGUCCAAAUGAAGGAAAUAGUUCACCCACUGGUGUUCUUAUCGAAGGUGGUAACAGCGGUGUAGAGUACAAUGAGGAUGGAUCGGUUUCUCGAACUGGAUCUUAUAUUUCUACUAAUAAAGAUGGUUCAGCUAUUGACGGUGGGUUGUCUUCAAGUUAUCCAAACAAUGGCAAUAGCCAGGGCCAAAGUGACAGUGCUGUUGAUUAUCUCCCGGCUGUUAAACAGUCAACUAUUUUUUCAUACCCACAGAAUGGUGACGGAUCAGAACUAGUCGGCUCUAAUUCUCCAUCAUACGAUGACAAUUUUACUAAAGUAAACAGAAACACCAAUGAUCUCAAGGAUGGAAAAAUUUUCUCCGGAAAACCAAAAGAUGACACCCCAUCUUCGAAGAAAAGUUAUGUCUCAACUUCCUCCUUCAGGGGUACAAACAUAUUUGGAGCUGGACAAUCUGAAGAUCGACCUCAACCUUCCUUCUCUGUAGCGGACAACUCUCAGAAAGAACUGUCUUUUGACGGGAAGAAAUCGACUACUGACCAGACUCCAGGUACCCAGUACGAUGGCGAGGGUAGUUUAUCUACUGCUCUGGGAAUAACUGGAGAAUCUGGAAAAGAAGUGUCUACUUUUAACAGACGAAAGUCUAACACUUCUCCUGACGAUGGCAACAAAGUGGUCAAUGUCAACGGAUAUUCAAUGACGAAAAGACAACUUCAAGACAUAAUCGAUAGUUUCAAGAAUGUAGAUAAAUGCGUUUUCACCUUGCCCAAAGUAUGUAGUGGACCUCUGGACAAAUACAUCCACGUGAUCAACAGCUACCCAGACAGUGCGAGUAUAAACGAUGGGUUUGUACGUCUACCCAGUGACGUAAUCGUGCCUCUGCCAUGCUACAAGUCUGUUGCCAGCGUCUACGCCAAGGACAGUCCUCUAUUCUCAGAUAAGUCCGGUGAAGUGUUGCCCAGUGGACACUUUGUCAAGUACACCACCAGCUGCAACAUACUGGCGAGCGCCAAGACACCAGAAAAGGUCUCCAUAGUGACACCCCAAGGCAUCGUUGUGCCAUACGACGUCCAUAGCAAGUACAUGAAAAGUCUCUCGCCCAAGGACAAAAAGAAGCUCAAAGUUUUGAUACCUAAUGAGCAUAAACCGAUAUCAUUCGGAUUGUAUAAAGAAUACUUAGAACUGUACGCUCCGGAUUCUCCAGCAGAAAACAAAUUGAAAGAAGGCUAUAUUAAAUUGUUGCGAUCUAAAACUAAAAUUCCGUUAAAAACCUUUAUCUCGAUUUUGGAAAAUUACAAGAAUUUAAAGGACGCUACUGUCACUCUUCCCAGUGGCCAGUCCAUACCAUUCCUAUCUUAUUUGAAGAUCGCAGGACUUCUUGGCGAAGAAUACAAUCAGAAGUGUGUAGUCAAUGUACCCAACACUGACACUAGAGUCCCAUAUACGGUGAUGGAAGAUGUAUGUAACACCUAUUUAGGAAGGAAGCCUAACGAUUUGACCAAGGAUACGGAUGUGAAUUUCGUCUUCCCGAGACCUAGGAAUCCUUAUGCUGAAGAACUAGAUUAUGGCAAGAGUUCGACUUUUGAAGACGCAGACGCCUACUCCGAAUACAAGUAUGGCGAACAAUACACGUAUGGUGGACCAUACAAGUAUGGCGAACGUGAUUACAAUCGCUAUGAUUCUCACCGUCCUCGAUCAAAAUACUUCCUGACCGAGGCUGCAGAUGAUGUAGACCCGUACAGCUGCUGCCCAUCUUCGGCAGAUCCUCCUCACUCCCCUGCCUCGGACAGAGAGUCCAUCCUGGAUGUUCUUCACCCUGGCCACACGGACCUCGUGGGCUACUGCCCUCAUCACCGUUACUGCAAUCGUCACAAAAAAUCAACCAACUCAGCUAGUGCUUAGUCAGCCAUCACACAAUAUUUAUGUUUUACACAAUCUUAACGACUGAUUCUAGAUUUACGUUAUAAUUUGUAAAUAUAUAUUGUUAAUAGU